CCCACCUCUAGUUGAAAAAAUGGCUGAAAUCCAAGUGUGUGUGUGAAGGAAACUGUGUGAGAAAAAUUUGCGUUUGCUACCAAUUUGGAAAUAUCGGCGUUGCGGCGACAAAAUCAGGCUCCAUUGUCCCCUGGCCACCGCAGCUGUCGCUCGCACGAUUCCGAACGAAGGACGCGAAGGGGCGAAAGUCCGGUGCAGCGUCAGAAAAUUGGCAACUGAUGCUACGCUCGGCAAUCGGCACUCAACUCCAUCUCCACUCACAGCGGCCUGCAAUUACAGGCAAGCCAGGCCGAAAAGCGACUUCUCAGACUCCGGCUGGUCAUCGUACCGAAAAUGCGGCUACCAGGCCGAGAGCAGAUACCACUAGGAGCGGAUAAUUAGAUGAGAAUUCAGCGAAGAGCACUCCCUAUAUGCAAUAUAUAUGUAAUACACACGCGCCUGCCCCGCCGACAGUGUACAUACAUCAAUAUAUCGGCUUGCUACACACAUACGCAGUUGCAUCAGCAUGUCCGACCGUGAUUCUGAUUCCGAAUCCGACGCUGGUCCGCCCGUGAGUCACCAGCGGGUGCAGCGGAACCGGCGCAUCAUCAUGCGGAUCGAGUUCAAGGACUCGGAGGACACGGCCUCGGAUCCCGACCUGGACGAGCGUCCCUCCUGCUCCACGGCGAACCGGCUGAGACGCAGCGCCCGUCGCCAGGAGGCGGAUUCCGACUCGGACGCGGUGACCCGGAAGUCAACGCGCAAGCUGCGCACUCGCCACGGACCGCGGAGCGACUGCUCAUCCAGUGGCAGCGAGAUCAAUCAGCGGGUUGCGCGCAGCAGCAAGCGGAAGAAGGUGGAAUCCUACGACGAAGAAGAGCAAGAACCAGCACCCAGUCGGCUCCAGCCCACCCCCGCUGAGGCUGAUCCCGGCUUCAGUUCCGACAGCAGCAGCAACGAUCUGCUGGAGAAGUGCCCCAUCUGCCUGCUCACCUUUCGGCAGCAGGAGAUCGGCACGCCCGCCACAUGCGAGCACAUUUUCUGCGCGGCCUGCAUCGACGCCUGGUCGCGAAAUGUCCAGACCUGUCCCAUUGACCGCAUCGCCUUCGACCGCAUUGUGGUGCGGGACUCGUACGCCAGCCGGCAGGUGGUGAGGGAAGUGCGGGUGGAUCUGAGCAAGUCCAAGACCGAGUUGGCCCUGGACGACGAGGCUGAGGGCGCGGCCGUUUCCGAGGAGGAGCUCACGAACUGCGAGGUCUGCGAAAGUCCGGAGCGAGAGGAUGUGAUGCUGCUGUGCGACAGCUGCAACCAGGGAUACCACAUGGACUGCCUGGACCCGCCGUUGCACGAAAUUCCCGCCGGCUCCUGGUACUGCGACAAUUGCAUUGACUCCGAGGGCGAGGAUCCCGAUGAGCAACUGGAGCUGGCCGACGACUUGAGCCAGCUGUACGAGGAUAUCAGGGGAAUGGGCUUGCCGGAGACUCGGCUCAGAGUGCGUGAGGUGCAGCAACCCCCGAGAAUCCUACGCACCCGUCAGAACGAGCGCAUUCGGGCGGCUGUUCUGAGACGCACUCGGUCCGGCGUUGAAGACUCCGCUCUGACCCGAACUCGCACCCGGACCACCACCACUACCACAACCACUACGACAACCACUCGGCGCACAACCACUAGCACCAACAAGCGGCCCGUUCAACGUCGCCGACGGCGAAGGACUCGCCAACGCACCUAUGUCGUUGAGUACGACUUGAACAACUUUGACGAAAAGUUUGCCCUGAAGACGAGCAAGAAGGUGAUCCGACGACGUCGACGUCGCCGUCGUCGUGUCGUGGCCCCCGCCUCUAGUGAAGGUCCCGGGCGACGUCUCACCGCCAGCAAGCGACUCGCAGAGCAGUUGGGAGUAAAAUCAGACGGAGUGCAGCGUUCUCAUUUCAAUGGCGGAACUGCCUCUAGCUUUUCCCUCUUCGGGAACGCCAAUGACCUGGAGUAUUUCUCGGACAGUGAGCCUGAUUUCGGCGGCAGUGCCACUUCUGCUGGCCUCGGAUCGACUGCAGUUCAAACUUCGGUGCGCAUUGCCAGCAUUGGAGCGCCGCGCAUCCGCAAGGCUUUGCUGCAAGGCAAGGCACGCAUAGCAGCCACACCCUCGGUCCCCACGCCAGCUUCAGCUGGAGAUAUACUGUCCAGCAUUUUGGACAUGCAGGAUCGUUGGCACGAUGCCUCGCGUAACCUGGAGAAUGUGCACAUUAGGGCGGAUGGUACCCUUAAUCUCCCCCAGAGGCCUGCGGUUGCAGCGACACCAGCAGCGGCUACUUCUCAGCCCGAAGAGCAUCUAACCCACGCGCCGCUCUAUCAGCGCGGAGGCGGAGGACCCAAUUAUAAUAGGGGCGGCGGCCCAGGAUCAGGUGACAACUACAACAGUCGUUACAGCGGCAAUAACAGUUACAGGGGAGGCGGUGGAGGCGGCGGAGGACAGUCGAGCAGUGGCGCCGGAGGAGCAUCCAGCAGUGGCGGAGGUUCGCGUUCAGCAACCAGUGGCGGAGAUGGCCAAGGGGUCGGCGGUUUCAGUAAUCAGAACUUUAGUAGCCCCAGCCCCAACAACAACAACAGCAACACGAAUGUGUCAAGCUUUACGCCCUUCCACCUGCGCUUUAACACGCCCAACCGCCAGCAGCAACAACGCCAGCAAAACGCGACCCCUGCCAACCAACCUACGCCGCCUUUUCGCGGCAGUGCACCGUCUCCAGCCCCGGUGGCAUCGCCAUCAAACAGUUUUCCAGCACGGCCUCCGAUGUUCGCUCCUCCGGUAAAUCAUCAUACUCCACCAGUGAUGGGCAUGCCAGUAGUGCUAUCGAUACCACCACCGCCUAUGCCACCCGCUAGCCUGCCUUGGAACAAUCCGAUCUUCAAGAUGAACACGUUGCAACAGUCACCGUUGAAGGCCAGCGAUCGAAACGCAGAUGACGAUGUCGACAAUUGUCCAAACUUCUCAAUUUACUCGCAGGAGUCGCAGGCUGUGGCUAGUGCUUCAGCAAUGGCACCGGGCGCCGCACAAGGACCAGCUGAUGUAUCGGAUAAGGAUGAUGAUGAUAUGAAUGAGGAUUUAGUACAAUUAGAUGAUGAUGAAGAUGAUAAUGAGAUACCGUUGCCCCUGGGACCGGAGCCCGAGCCAGUGCCCGAGAAAGAUGAUCUUUACGAGCCUGAGAAUCCAACCGAUGAGCCCGAUGAGCAGGAAGAAGACGACAAGUCCUGUGAGGCUGUGCCCAUGGAGGAAUCUGAGGCCUCCGAUCAAGAGCCCAGUGACUCACACUUGGCCGCAGCUCCAUCAGAGGAGGCUAAUAUGCGCAGCACUCCCAGCCCAGUGGCUAAGGAGGACCGAGCUGUGGAUCGAGACCGGGCCAAGGGCGUGCUAGAGCUUUAUGAUGAGAGCGACUGGGAGGAGUUGGACAUUGACAAACCGAAGGAAUAUGAACAGCCGCUGGGUGCGGAAAGGGAGGCCAGAGAAGCCAGCCCCAAGCCGGUGAAAUCUAGGAAGCCAGCGGGUAAUAAGGAUGGAGAAGCCGAUAAGGACGACAACGCAAGCGGCAGUGAUCAUGAGCAGGAUCGCUCGUACACGCCUUGUCUGGACGAAAAGAGUUUGGCGGAGGGGGAGGAGGAGGAGGUGACGGCUGCGGUAGAGCAUCGGGAUGAUGCCACUACCAGUCCCAGGACUGCUUCCUCGAAGGCUUCCGAUGACGAAGAUGGGCCGGAGAAGGCUGUCGGCACGGAUAUUGUGUCAGAGGACGAUUUGACCAACGAGAUCGGCUCAAAAAAGAGACGCAGUCGAAGCCGCGGAGGGGCGGCCAACGAGGGAAAGUCCAAGUCGCGCUCAAAACGCGGCCAGGACGAGACUUUCAAGAAAAUUGGGAAGCGACAGAAGGAUCGGAACUACCGUGGAGACAAGCCCGAGCCAGAAAGGAUCACCCAUUCGAGCUCUCGAAGUCGCACUCCAAAGCUCCGUUCCAAGAGCCCGAAGGCCACCAACAAGAGCGUCAGUCGGAGUAGGAGCAAGAGCAGGAGUCGUUCUGUCAGCCGCAAUAGAAACCGGCGGCGCCGCAGCCGAAGCCGCUCAAAAUCCUACUCCCGCUCCCAUUCGAGGUCUCGCUCGCGUUCCAACUCAUUUGGACGCAUGAAAUUCGCCUAUCGCGGACGGGAUAACCAGCGUGGGUUCGUCCGUGGCCGCGGAGGACUGCGCUUCAACUACAACCGCAACCAACAGUUCCACAACAGGCCGUUUCAGCACUACGGCAACAAUUACCACCAGAACCAAAACUACCACCACCAGCACCAUCAGCAGCAGCAUUACUUCCAGUAUAACCAGCAUGGUCAGCACCACCAGUUCUUUCAACGUCCCAAACGAAGGGAGCUGCCUCGCUACGACGUUCGCAAUGUGGUGGGUGCAUCGAGGCAUCAGGCAAAGGAUCGCUACGGACGCGACGCCAUGCGGUCGGGCCGAAGUCGUUCGGGAAGGCGCAAUUCGCGCAGUUUCUCGCGCAGCGCUUCGCGGGGAUCAAGGGGCUCCCUGCGCUCUCGUUCUGGUUCGCCCAAACGGCUGCGCAGCUUCAGCAUCUCGCCGACUCCACCGCCGGGAACUUCUCCCUCACCCCACAAACAAGGCGGCGGUCGUCGAACCUCACCGGGCAGACGCUAUGCCCGCUCGCCCUCGGCGCUUCCACCUCCUCCAACCGAAAGGGCCCAUACUCCGGUGUCUGCGCACUCGAGAGGAUCCCGCUCGCGCACUCCCAACCGCAUUAACGGAGGAGGAGGCAAUAGAUCUCCCCUUUAUCUUGGCUCUCCGCGCUAUACUCCACGCUUGAGUCGCAGCCGAAGCAGAAGUCGUUCAAAGAGUCCUAAGGAUCCGCCCAAAAAGAAGAAAAAGAAGUCAGAUAAAAAGAAGAAGAGCAAAAAGAGGACGGGCAGCGCUAGUCCGACGACUGCUGCCCGGAUGCGACGCAUAUCACGGCAACGUGAUCCUUUCGAAGAUGCCGACGACUUCCUGGCCCCGCAGAGAAAGCGAAAGAAGGGAGGAAUGCCCACCGGUCAGUGGUCCCCCUCGCCUUCGCCCGGUCGCUGCGAUUUCCUGCAUGACGGCGACUGCCAGGACAAGAACCCGUCUUGGACGCCGCCCCUGGGAUCACCUAAAGGCGCAGGCGGCCACUAUGAUGGCGCGUUGACGCCCAAGAAAGCGAAGCGCAAGCGGGACAAGAGCAAAAAGAAGAAAAAACAGCAUCCGCUGGAGAAGCAGCGAAAGGAGAAGAAGCGCAAGCGUCGAACCCAAACGCCAGAGCCGCUGCCAUCGAAGGAGGUCUUUGCCUCGGGCAACAAUAUUCUGGUGAGCGUGAGCUUCAACAAGGAGGCGACCACAAGCAACCCAACGAUGGGUUCCCAGCAGCAGUCGAUAGUCACAAUGGCUUCCGGCAGGGAGGAUCUGUUGAGCAAUCGCUUGGCCACCAUCGACCACCUGGCCAACAGCAACAUUAGCAGUGCUGUGGGGGCCAUCAAGAAGGGAAAGCGGGACAAGACCCGCAAGCGCAAGAAGCUGGAGGCUAAGCCUGUGGCUAUCAUCGAUCUGGAGCGCUCACCCUUCCAGGUUCACCAAGAGCCGGCAGAUGUUAUUGUGCUUACAGACAGUGAGGAUGCCGCAGACCAACUCUCGACGAGAAGGGAGAGAGAGCGGGACAGGGAACAUGAUAUAAUGAGGGAAAACGGACAAAGGGAGAAAACCCCGCAGGUCGGUUCAUUGGACACAAUUAUGGAGGCCUCGUAUGAAAACAUGACGCAGUCCACAGGACCCAAGACGCCCCCCGAGCCGCCUCUCGUCAAGUUCAACCUGCCCACCAAGAAAAUGCAGCACAAGGCUCGCAACAAUCCGCUUCACGAGGACGCAGAUGAAAUUAAUUCUGCAGACGAGCUGGAGGCAGCCUGUUCGCUGGCUCCCGAGGAGCAGACGCCCCAGCACGGCCAUGGCAGCCACGAUGGCGGCCAGAAGAUAGGUCCAAACACACCUCCGGAGUCGGGACCAUGCUCGCCAGAUGCCUACGAUCCGUUCGAGCCGACCAAGUCGCCCUCUCUUUCGCCGCGAUCGCCGACACCGACUCCGGGCCAAAGCCUGGAUCAGCAGGCAGCCAGCAUGCCGGCGAGCAGUGCCAUCGGAUCGGCAUCUGGGGACAAAGGGGAGAGCGAUGCUGCCCAUGCAACAGUGUCCAAUGCGAGCACCAGCACCCAAACUCAGACGAGCGUCCUAAACCCCGCGGAUCUGGUGAUGGCGCUGAUGAACAAGUCCAACCAGAGCGCAACCAUCCAGCAGGAGAGCGAGGUGAGCUCCGCCCAGUACAUUAGCAGCAGCUCCGUCAGCCUGACCUUGGGCGUUGGGUCCAGCAGCGGUGGAGGCGUAGGAGCUUCUGGCGGAGGCGACAGCCAUGACAAGGCUUCCGACGGCAAGACAGUUACCGUUCUCUCUAACGUGCUGCUCACAAGCAGCAGCGUGGUGUCCAGCUCGCAGCACAUACCUUCUAUUUCUAGUCCCACGCCUCCCUCGAAAAAGCUCACUCCACUGCCCAAGGCGGGAGGGAGUGUGGCCAGCAGCAGCAGCGGCGUUGGCAACAUGCCCACUACGAGUGCUGGGGUAGGUGGCCUGCGGAACGGUAGCGGCAUCGGGAAUGCCGGAGGAUCCGCCAACGCUCUAGACGACUCCUUGGAGAGCCCCUACUCGCCAGACUCGGCGGAUUAUGAUGAUCUGUUCGAGCCACCCAAUUUAAUGGAGGGCAGCAGCAGGAGAGCGAAGGGUGGAGCAGCCGGGGGCAAGGUGGAGAUUUUCGAUAACCUAUUUGGAAGCAGUUCGCCCGUGGGCAACACUCGGAUGUCGUCGCGAUACAACACAGCAGCGGGCAAGAAGUCGCAUCGCAGCAAAGGCGACCGAAAAUCAAAAUUAAAAGGUGCAAGGAAUCCUGAUGUAUAUGACGAUGUGCCGAAUUCGGCAACGGAUCUACAAAAUAAGGAUAGACUGCUACGCAAGUUAAAUCGACAAGAACGUGUCGUUGAGGAGGUUAAAUUGGUGUUGAAGCCCUACUUUAACAAAAAAGCGAUUACUAAGGAUGACUACAAGGACAUCAUGCGGAGAGCUGUGCCCAAGAUCUGCCACAGUCGGUCUGGUGAAAUUAAUCCACACAAGAUUAAAAAUCUUAUAGACGCCUAUGUACGGAAAUUCCGAGCAAAGCACAAGAAGUUGAGCCUCCUUAAUACAGGACAAGUUAGCAGUGCGGUUAAAUGUGCCGCCUAUUUAAAAAAACUUUAAGCGAGCAAGCGAUCGCAUAGGAUCUGGCACAUUGGGUAGAAAAGUAUAAAGAACUUUGCGGUCGCAUGCAUUCCUACAAUCUACCAUCAAUUGAAAACAACAAUAUUUACCAGACACCAUCGCAAAUCUAAGGGAAAAUAAAUGGAAAACUCAUAAACUGUCA